AGUGGAGCUCAGCUGUUCUGGGCACGCACAACAGCCUGUUUUGACCAUUUGACACCUCUAAUGGCGCCUUGUGCUCCCUGUGUCUCCUCCUAACUACCCCCCCGACACUUCCUGCUCCACCCUCGCCGUCUCCCCCUCUCGUAGCGGGCCGCAGUGAGCGCUGUUCGGCGUCGUGUGCAGGAUGGUGGUGUCCACAUCACAACAAGUCGCCCUGGCUUUCACCGCCGUGCUCUUCACCUUCGUCGUCCUGCCGAGGAUGUUCGGCGUCGGCGGCGGGACCGCGGCCAAGGAUACGAGGUUCGACUCCCGCUACUCCAGGAAAGCAGGUCCGGGUCCAGGCGGAGUCCGAGGUCAGCCCAUGAACGUGAACGGCCCCGGCGCUCCUCAGACCGCUGAGAACAUGCAGCAGAUGAAGAAGCUGAUGGAGCAGGAGCUGAAAGCUGACAAGUUCAAGUCCACCAACAACAACAAGGGCUACGUGUUCACACUGAUGCCUCUGUACGCCAUCGGAGUCGGAGUGUUUGCAGCCUACAAGUUUCUGAAGAUUAAGUCGGCGGACGACCAGGCACAGAAAGACAAAUUUGCAAAAGGGGCCAAAAAAUCAGUGGAGGCAGAGAACCAGUUGAACGAGUUGGAACAAAGACUCGGGCAGACCGAGCGGAUGCUCAACUCCAUCCUCACACAGCUGGACCCGCUCACUAACUGUGUGAAGUCAGUGGCCCAGGAGCAGAAAAACGAGAUCAUGUCUCAACUACAAACCAUCCGCUACCUGAUGAAGAAGAGAGGAAUGGACUGUCCACCGCUCAACAUAAACGAGGCCUCCUGUGAGCGUAACCUGGAUCAACUCAUCGAGUCCCUUGGGGUAAAGGACUUCUCUGCAGCCGCUGCUUCUCUGGGGGACAGUGAGACCUCUGGAGUAGCAGAGACCUCGGAAAAAGACUUUCCGAAAAAUUCAGGAGCAAAAGAUGAAGCUGCAACAGAAGGUGAAGAGAUGAAGGAGCUGGUACCAGAGGAAUCUGAUGGGGAAGAAGAACAAGAAGGAGAUACAUUGGAGGAGGAAGAAGCGGAAGAGGAGGAGGAGGAGGAAGCAGAGGAAGAAGAGGAGGAGGAAGAAGGACUUGAGGACCGUGAGCUCAUGCCUUCUUUAGAGGACUCUUAUGAGCCAAACACUGGGGAGGUGUCGCCUGCGUCCGGCCUCAGGCGACGCAACAGGCCUGAAUGACUGCACGAAUUCUGCCAUGUAUAGAAAUGUAAUAGGUUAUUAUGAAUAUUUAUUAUCUGAAAGGCUUUCCUUCCAAAAUGCUGUCUACCUAUUCAUCACAUACAUGUACAGCAUUAAUAAGAAACAUUAACCUCAUAUCCAAAGACAUGGGGCUGUAUUUUCCUGUUAUAGACACAAAGACAAGCACGGACUAUAGAUCUUGUACACAUCGCAAGACAGGGUAUAUGCAAGUGCAUGCGCUAUUUUUGCUCGUAGGCCAGCAGUGUGCUACAAUAUCAUGGUUUUCUACAGUUUCAAAGUAACCCAGUGGUAGUUGGUUAUACAUCCAUAGACACAUUGUACAGAGACAGCCAAUUGUCAGAUGCCAGUUUUACCUAAUGUAAAACUAGAAUAACAGUCAGUAGAGCUAUACCCCUGCCAAGGCCCAACUUUCGCCAUAAAUUCAAUCAAGCUGCACCAAAUAUCACACACUUUUAGAUAAUUGUCACUUAAAUGAGCUGUUUAAAAAGAAAAAAAAAAUCAAUAGCAAUAAUUUAUUCUUUAGGAAAUCUUUGAAAAUUAUAUAUUCGAAAAAAAAAUCCUCCCUGACUUGUUUCACUUCCUACAAAGAGUUUUGUGAUAAUCCGUCCAGUAGUUUUAACAAGAGAUUGUGUUACAAAAUUACAGGUUGUAGUCCUAAUAUUAAAAAAAAUGCAUAAAAGAUCAAGUCAUCUAUAGAAAACAUAAUAAAUGGAGGACUUCAGUAGUUUAAAAUCUUGAGAUAAACGAUGGUCUUAAGUGUUGUGGUAUGGCAGCAGAUAUACGUCUAUCGGUUUCUCAGCAGGGAGAAGAGGCUGCGGCAGGUGUUUGUGUUGCUUUUCAGUUUCCUUUUGGGCUCUGCACAGGUGCCUUGUGUCACUGAGAUCUCCGAUGCUCAGUAGAUGGAUACUGAUGAUGUUCUGCGUAGUUUUAAUCACCUGCUGCAGAGCCGUGCCGUCCUCAUGCUGCUGUAUCCAUCUUUUCACAGUAAUGAGGCUCAGAUGGGCUCCUCUGUUUGGGGAUGCAGUUGCCCACAGAGACUGAGACUUUGGGCACAUCUGCUCUGAGAUAUCAAAGCUACUGCCUUAUCUAGAAAUGCCAGUUUAUGUGUGGGGAAACAUUUUUUUUUUGUAUCCCUCAGAAAAACCUACACUUUGCCUUGUGAUGCCUCAUUAUCAGCAUGGGACUGCACCAUGUUAGCUCGACCCAGGCACAAACAUCUAGAAGAUACCACAGGGUGUUCAACAAAGGGGAAAAUGCCAACAUAUCUACUUUUACUAUUGCUUGUUGUUUGACUCUUUGUGCUGACAUGAAAAUAGAGCCCACACUGUCCUGCAGUCUCCUGUCGUCAGUCAUUUUAUAAUACUAAUAAUCACAUUUUUAAUCAGAAUUAAUAAGUCAUUGGUUCAAGUUUUUACCUGUCAGAAAAUGCCAAUCUAUGCUACAUGCUAAAAGGGGUGGUGGCCCAUGUUGUGUUGUUGCUAGUUUGCCUUUACUGUUCCUUUCUCCAUGCAGGCAUCUACCAACAUUCCUGCAUUUCAUUCAUGUCACACUGGGACAGUUCUAUCGUUUUAUAGUUGCAUCUUAAUCCUCCUCCAUCCUGUGCUGCCACCCCCAGGUUGCUAUUGGACUAAAAAUCCAAGUGUCAGUCACAUUUGUAUGAGAAAAUGCAUAAAAGUCUUUAUUCAUUUUUUAUUUUGUAUAUAUUCAAUUUUUUAUCAUCACAAAGGAAGUAACACUAAUGCUGCCUGAUGUGACGAGCCUGUAGAAUAUUAUGUUUGUUUUAGACGUGUGAACUCGGGCCUGUGCCAUCCAAUCAUAUCUAUGCAUGUUUUAUUUUCCAUUACUGUUUUCGCCUGCAUAAUGUUACUGCAUGAUAUUUUCAUUUACUCAUCCCAAAGGAAUAUGACAAUCAUCUGAUCAGCCAACUGACAUGAAUUCAAUGUUUCUACUGCUUUUAUGGUACUUAAAUCCACUAAGGAAAAGCAAUCAAUUGUCACUUAUGCCUUAUGUUUCAAUUACUACUUUGAAAUUGUGGUUUAAAAUCCAUGAGAGUUUAUCUUGAUGAGGCUCUGAGGUUGUUAACAUCAACGUACUAUCAGGGUGGGUCUUACUGUUUUAGGUUCUGAAUGCUGGUGUAGUAAAACGUGCUGAAAUAUGGUAGAAAUCACAAUAAAAUAAUCGUAAUUAUAA